AUGUCGCAAAUCGAUGUUCCGAUACUACGAGAAUGGCUUCGCGCGCACAAUGCAGAAGCUUUCCGGUCGUGGCUGGAGCAGCCUCGGGCAUGGAUUGUGCUGCUUGCUGCUGCUGGGCUGCUGUUGGCCGUUGUCACACAGGUGGUGGCGGCCAUAGGCCGAAGAAAGCUCAGGCUGAAACACAUCGUCCUAUCAGACGAGACAUCGAGCCCAAAGGCACGGGCCCUGCAAUACUGCUAUCGGCCGCGAGAGGUGAUGCUCAAAGGGUACAAACAGUUCCGGGAUACCGUUUAUGGAAUGGAUACAAGAGACGGUGUCAAGGUCGUCAUUCCUCCAAGCUUCCUCGACAACCUGAAGAGCCAUCCUCAUCUGAGCUUUAAGCAAUCUAUCGACAAUUCAAUCAUGGCUUUCCAUCGGCAGCGAACUAACAAGUAUGGCGAAACACAAGACUGGACGAAAGUCAAAGUUCACGACUCUAUUCUGAAAAUCACUGGAACCAACAACGCAAGAGUUUUUCAGAGUACGGCUGCGAGCCUUGAUGAUGAAUGGAUCACAGCGUCAACAGGCUAUGUCAUCUCGACCUUCGAUUGCAUUCGUGCACUGAAAGAAUGGCCACCUUUUCUUCGACCUCUGAUUUUCCGGUUGAUUCCGCAGCGCGCAGCCAUCGCUGAGCAGUGGCGUAUUGGUAGGAAAAGGGUGAAGCAGACAGUCUCGGAGAGACAGCAAAAGGGUGGGGAUUUGGAGGACCCGCCCUCUGUCCUUGACCUCCUCAGCGAUGGGAAAAACGCGCAGUACGCGGCGGACCUUGAAACGCAGCUGCUGUAUCAGAUGACGUUGGUCGCAGUUGGGACCGUGACUACUUUCUCGUCCAUAAUCCAGGCCAUCUAUGACCUGGUUGCCUACCCAGUCUAUAUCCAGGAGAUCCGUGACGAGUUGGCGUCUGUGCCGCGAUCUAGCGAUGGACUUUUUAACAAAGACUCCAUCAGUGCUAUGAAGAAGCUUGACAGCUUCAUCAAGGAGAGCCAGAGACUGUCGGCCCCGGAUCUGAGCACCUUCCAGCGGGGUGCGACUGCGGAUCUGACACUACCUGACGGCACAUUUAUACCCAAGGGCACAAAGCUCGAGGUUAACACGGCAUCGAUUCACGUGGAUAGCAUUCACUACGAGAAUCCCCAUCAGUUUGACGGCCUCCGUUUCUACAGGAUGCGGCAGAGACCCGGCGAAGAGAACAAGCACUUGUACUACAGUGUAGGCAAGAACGAUUUAUCCUUCGGCUACGGACGUCAUGCGUGUCCAGGACGGUAUCUGGGGCACCUGAACAUCAAAUUAAUUCUCGCCGAGCUACUUACAAGAUACGAUCUGAAAAUGGUGCCAGGACUAUCGCGAGCGAAGAGUUUCGACUUUGAAGCACUGUGUGCCCCAGAUGAGAACUAUGAGAUCUUGAUCAGAGACAGGCGGGUAUAG